CGGUCGCGCUGGCGGAGGGCCUGAGGCGAGAGGGCGAGGCGAGGCGAGGGCGGGCGACCCGGCUCCGUCCCAUGCUCCCUCGGUGGCGGGCGGCCUUUGCCUUCCCCUUCAUGCGGGGCCCGGGCCGGGGCUGCGCCGGACACUCCCGCGCCCAGGAUGGCCAGGAAGACAGUUAGCAGGAAGCGGAGAGCGGCCGCUCCCGCCGCGGGGCCCGGCGGAGAGCAGUAUGGCUGGGAUCACUCCGUGCACAAGAGGAAGCGGCUUCCCCCAGUUAAAAGGUCCCUUGUAUGCUACCUGAAAGGAAGAGAGGUGAAGGUGCAGAAUGAGUCCAGCUACCACCGGCUCCUGCAUGGAUAUGCAGCCCAGCAGCUGCCCAGCCUCCUGAAGGAAAGAGAAUUCCACCUGGGAACCCUGAACAAGGUGUUUGCCUCACAGUGGCUGAAUCAUCAGCAGGUGGUGUGCGGGACAAAAUGCAACACAUUGUUUGUGGUCGAUGUCCAAACUGGUCAGAUUACCAAAAUUCCCAUUCUGAAGGAUCGGGAACCUGACAUGGUAAACCAGCAAGGCUGCGGGAUUCAUGCCAUCGAGCUGAAUCCUUCAAGGACGCUUCUGGCAACGGGGGGCGACAACCCGAACAGCCUGGCGAUUUAUCGGCUGCCUACACUGGAUCCCGUCUGUGUGGGAGAUGAUGGCCAUAAAGAUUGGAUAUUUUCAAUCGCAUGGAUCAGUGACACCAUGGCUGUUUCAGGUUCCCGAGAUGGUUCCAUGGGGCUCUGGGAAGUGACAGACGAGGUCCUCGCCAAGAGCGACGCAAGGCGCAACCUGUCGCGAGUCCCCGUCUAUGCCCACAUAACGCACAGGGCUCUGAAGGACAUCCCCAAAGAGAAUACCAAUCCGGACAACUGCAAAGUCCGGGCUCUCGCCUUCAAUAACAAAAACAAGGAGCUGGGAGCAGUGUCCCUGGAUGGGUAUUUCCACCUCUGGAAGGCAGAAUGCACGUUAUCAAAGCUGCUGUCCACAAAGCUACCAUACUGUCGGGAGAACGUUUGUCUGGCCUAUGGUCAGGAGUGGUCCGUGUAUGCAGUCGGCUCUCAGGCCCACGUCUCCUUUCUGGACCCAAGGCAGCCUUCCCACAAUGUCAAAUCCGUCUGUUCCAGGGAGCGAGGCAGCGGUAUUCGCUCUGUGAGCUUCUAUGAACACAUCAUCACGGUGGGGACCGGGCAGGGGUCCUUGCUGUUCUACGACAUCCGAGCCCAGAGAUUCUUGGAUGAGAAGCCGCCACACGGUUGCUGCACGUCCAGAUCAGGAGGAAACGAGAUUCUCAAGUUGUCCACUGGCAAAGGUUGGCUGAAUCAUGAUGAAACCUGGCGGAAUUACUUUUCAGACAUCAGCUUCUUCCCAAACGCCGUUUACACCCACUGCUACGACUCGUCCGGCACGAAGCUCUUCGUGGCAGGAGGCCCACUUCCAUCGGGACUCCAUGGGAAUUACGCUGGUCUCUGGAGCUAAACACUCUUUCGGAACAAAGUUCUCUGGUGCGAUUUCCCCCUUCUUGCCCACAUUUUCUUUCCUUUUUAAAAAGGCAGACAAAGGCAUUGUGUGAUGACCUUGUUCUCUUCCGACUUUCAUGCAACUUGGGGUUGACUAUCUUUUGAGAGCGGAACAGCGUCUUUUGGUCUCCCGGGAGUUUUUGUACAUUUUUGAACUGUUUUUCGUUUUUUUCAUUUUGUUUUUUGUUUAAUCUCGUUUGAUCUUUAUACAGUGGGUUUUUUGAACCCUCCCCCCUUUUAUUGCAUUCUCUCCCCCCAGUGGCUGAGUCUUGGCCCUGAGCUUAGGCUAACCAAACAUUCACGUCCUCUCGUCCCGCUACUUCACUGUGAGGUAGGAAUCCUCCACUCAGUCGGUUGCUGCCGAGCUUUCUGUGAAAGCCCGGGGCUGCGUGUGCGUGUAUGUGUGAGUGCGUGCGUGCGUGUGUGCAUACAGGUACUUUUGUCACUCACAUUACCUGGAAUAAAAAACUACUUGUAAUUAAAAGGGAAAAGAUUAAAAAGUAUUUAUAUAAUGAGAUAGGCUACUGGUUUAUCCACAGUGCCAGCUUGCAUCUGGCUUCCUGCGGUUUUGGAAAGUACAAGUUUAAUGAUGGAGCAUCUGUCACGGGGGUCUGACAUUUGGCCCAUGGCCCAGGCCUGCUGUGCCUUUAUCACCCGGACCACCUCUCGCCUUCAUUUCCCCUUCCCACCCCGGGGUGCCUCGGAAGGAUGAUGGGGUUGUGAAGACGCAGGCUGGGAGGGAGGCUGCCUCACAGUGGUGGGGGGGGGGAUUGUGGACGGGGGGAGGAGGGCGACAGGCAGCCCGAAACCGUGUGUGCGAGAGGUUUUCCGGCAAAGCGGCAGGACCGUUGUGUGACACGCAGCCCACUAUGACGCUGGCCGGCAGACGCCCUGCCAAGAACCGUUUUAACUGGCUCCCUUUCCCUGUUGAGAAGUUGGAUUGCCUUAAUAAUAAAACCCAACGCUAGGCAGGCAUCAGACCUCCAAAGCAAACCCACCUCACGCCAGACAGAGAGAGAUUAGAUUUGGCAAUCACGCUUCACAUCCAGUAUUUCUGUUUUUAGUCACUUUCGGUGUACUGCUAAAGCACGUGUUCUUCAACUUCUGUGAGCGGGGCCACCCGUACGUACGCAAGGAACCCCUAAGUUCAGAGCCCGGCUUCCAAGGCUGCCUUGUCAAGCAGCUCACAGAAGUUCCUGGCCUGCCGAGAGCAAAUACACUGGCCUGAGAAGCUAACAGCCCGUGUUUCCGUGCCAAGCACACAGGAGAAAAAGCCCAUCCAAAGUGAAUAGGGAGGAAUAUGCUGAAAGCCUCUUGCCAGGCUGCAACAACCAACUUCUCCCAACUGGACGAGGAAUCGGGUAAUGCCUUGGCACUGGAAAGCUGCUUGGUGAGGGCACAAGCCGCGUGUGUUGCUCGCUCACCCGUGUGCAGUUCCUUGUCGGCCCCAGCUGCCAGGCAAAGCAGAGAGGUGUGUGAGAGGUGUGUGGGCCAUUACCUGGCCAGUGUGUUUUCUGGCUUCCUGCUGGACUUCCACAGGGGCCUAGGCAGCCGCAUGGCAGCUGGGUCAGACCACGCAAUGAACCCUUCUCCUGCCCAGGACGGGCUCCUGCGGGAGUAGCGAGGCGUGAGGCCACUGCUUGCCAGCCAAGAGGCAAAAGUAGCCUAAAUUAGGCACUUUGGCCGCACUUGGCCGGCAUCCAGAUAGGUCAGCCGUCACUGCAGUCUUGGUCAGGUUAUGGCUGUGCUGCUGAGAAUGACUCCCGUCCCCUGGGAGCAACUCAAGGCUCCGGAAAACCCGAAGAAGCCGCCUGGGAGGAGAUGCUUCCUGCUGCAUCCUCAUGCAUGAUUUACGGCUCUGGGCUGGCCUUUGCCCGAGCAGCUUCUGCUGGCCUGGCACCCCAUGUCAGCCCUGGGCAUGAAGUGCUCCCAGGCCGGAGAAGCGGGCCACCCAGCUGCCCUGAGGGAAGGGUGAUCGUGGGACCCGUCUUUCUUCUGGAGGAGGAUGCCUGCCGGAGUUGAGGGCAAAUAUUCCCCAGUUCUCCUCUUGGAUAGGGGCAGGAUAAGUAGGGAUUCUGCUUCCUGCUUCUGAUUGAGACCGUGUGUCUUGGCUGCAGAGUAUCUGAACUCCCCGGACAGCCUCUGCUGAAGAGAGCUGCAAAGUCCCAAGGGAAAGGGAGCCCUGUGUGAUGUCUGGGCAAGAUACCGGAUUCCUUGCAGGACACCAGAUAGUUCUGGACCUUGUCCAGAAGAACUGUGUUGUGAUUGCUGUAUGUGGCACUCGAGGAGAAUGCUGCUGUCCGAAGAGCCCCGUGGGGGAUAUGAGCUCGAAGUUCAAAGAGUGCUUCAUUUCUGAGCUAGGCCUAGAGCCCUGCCUUCAGGCUGCGGCAGUAGCCAGACUUGGUGCUGUGCCGCCCAGCUGCCUGUGAAGGGCAGGAUUUUACCACUCAUUUUACCACUUUGCCACACAUGUGAUGAGGGGUCAGCUUCUGGAGGACUAGCUCCUUGCUGGAGUACAGCAGUAAUUUGCACGCUGAGAUCAUUGCUCCCGCAUGAAUAAUCUUGUCGAUGUUGCAUUAGAUCAACUCCAUAAAAAUAAGAAAUGAAGUAGGUAAAUGUAAUUGAAUGAUAUUUGAAAGAGGGUCAUCCGUCUAAAUUAUGUUCAUUAAUUGCCUGGAUGUAGAAGGGCGUGUUUUGUAGCGCUGUCUUAAAAGUAGCUGCAGUGCUAAGCAUUCCAUUUCCGUAUGCCUGGUCCUUCAAUCCCUGCAGAUUCUCCCCUGUCCACAUGUCGAAGCAGCGUCCAGACUCACUCCCGUACUCCCCGGAAGUGGGUGAGAAGGCUGCUUCGGAAAAAGGUGCUCGGACACCAGUAUUUCUGUCCUCUGGAGCGUCCAUGGGAUCUUCCUUAAGCAUCCCGGGGGAGAUAGUCGGCAAGCAACUCCGAGCCCUGCGGCAGACGGCAGUGUGAACCCCACCUUGGUUUUCCCAGGGGUAGAGAAGGAACCACGUGGGGGGGGGGGGGCUAGGGGGCAUUUCAGAGGUUGUGGAAGGAGAAGCGAGGACUUGAGUACAGCGAGGUUUAGGAUUGGCAAGGAUCACAGCCCCCCCCCCCAGUGAAAUGUUAUAUUGGGGUAACAGCAGGUUCCCUCCCAAAUUGUGGCAUUUUUUUACCUCUUAUAGCAAUGAUAGCAACAGAUGCCAUUUUUAAACCCCAGGAUCUGUGCCUUUGGCAUUUAUAAUACGCCUGUGCCUACACACUGCCGUGGGUGGAACCAGCGGGGACGGCUUCUCUUUUUGCUGGCAAAAGACCGUGGGCUCAACAGAGUCUCCGUCAAUCGAGGACCCCUGGCCAGAUACGCCAUGGGGCAAGCCAGUUUCCAAGUAUGUCUGACGUUCGCACAUCACGUGCUUUGUUGUGGUGUAUAGAAAAAUGGUUUGGAUUUGCUGUUUGAAAAUCAUGUGUGACAUGGCUCCCGGCCGAGUGAAGAGAGCAGUCCCGGCUCGUUUGCCCCCAUCUUGCCUAAAUGGGGUUGCUUGAAAGAACGUUCCCUCAGCUCCCUUGAUUUGAAGGGAGUUUGGUUGGCUGGGUGCUGCCCCCGACGUCUCGUUAAACUUGUACUCUUCAAAAGUAACCUGUGCACCUGGUCAGCUCUUCUCAUAGCCUCCCACAGUCUCAGGGUUUAUGUCACUUGCAAUUUUUCAUCCAAAUAACACACUGGACCAAUCAGAGGUCGACGUGCCUUUUUCCAAUGGUACCUUGAUCUUUGUAAAGCUGCCCGUUGAAGGUUUUGCUGUCUGUCACCGUCUAAACUGGAUAAUUGUUUUGGGGGGUUUUUUCUACUUAAAAAAAGACUGAGAGAGAGAUACUGACAUGUCCUGCCUGGAACCAGCCUGUUCAAUGGAUUGUAACUUUUUUUCCCAUUUGAUGUUGAAGAUUGUGGUGUAUAAAAUCAAAUGUAUGCCUA